AUGCUUCUAACUGAAAAAGAGCCUUUCUUUCCUCUCUUAGUAGAAAAUAAGAAUAUAUUUCGUAAGUUCAAGAGAAGAUAUAAUUCUACAUAACCAAUGGAACGAAAAAUGGAAUAAUCAAUAGAAUCUUGUUAUGAAAAAGCUCUUUUUGUAUAGAAGAAAGAAUUGCAACUUCGAACAAUUGAACCUAAAAAAUAAUAUGUAGUAAAACCACCUAAAACAACUAUUUGUAAAGAGAACGUUCCUCAAAUGUUUAGUUUUGAUAAAAUGCUGUUUGCUUUUAUAUAGUUAAAUAAUAAAGAAAAAAAUUAGAAAAAUAUGAAAAAAAAGGCUCUUAAAAUAAUUACAUAACAUCAAGAAUUAGAUAUUCUUGAAGUAGAACAUAAAUGUAUGAGAAUAUUAAAAUUAUAGCUCUUUAAAGUCGUUUCUUUACAGAAGUCUAAUCGUAUCUGAAUGAAUGUCAUAGAUUCUGA